UUUAUUUUUUAACUCACAAUUUUAGCCUAUAUAUGAUAGUUCAAGCCCAACAUCAAAGACAAAAUCGAACCAAAAAAAAAAACAAUUGGACCAAGUUAUUCCGCACUCACUUGUCCCUUAACCUUCAAAUGGUAUCAAUAAAGCUACAAUGAAGCACCGUGAAUGUCCGAAUAAUACUCGAUCUAGGGUCGGACCGGAGCUUUAAUCGGUUCCGGUCGGCCCAGUUUUGGACACCCCAGAGGCCAGCGGGCAUGUUAAUUUGAUAAUAUUUUGUGUAUUUUCCUUAAAGAGGAAAUAUUUUUACAAAACUGCACUUUUUAGAUAAAAUGAGCAUAGAGCUGGAAACGGAGAUUAUGAAUUGGGAAAUGUUGAAUUGAACCCAAAUCCGACUCGCAUAGUCUGGUUUUCAAGACAAGACAAGCAAUUCUCCUGUGAAGCAAGCACAAGAGGUCGAGUAUGCAGUCGAUUCGCAGAUGUGUUGCUGCAGGGCACCAAAACCCUAAUCUCUGGAUUGGAAUCCGGAGCUUAUCGACUUCCAAUGCCUCUUCUCUGUUGAAAACUGUUGGAGCUCUCCUCGAUUCUCUUGCUCUUAAACCAGGUGGGACACUGGUACAGAACUGUGGCGACAGUGAAAUCGGAAGAAUUGUGAUUCAACUGGCAAAGGAGCGCAAGUUUCAGACUAUUAGCAUAAUUGACAACGAACCUGGAUAUCCUGCAAAAAUUGAAGAGCUUAAGGCACUUGGUGGGGAUAUAGUUGUACCAGAAAACUACACCAAGACUUGGUAUAUGAAGCGCUUGGUGAGUGAGCUAAGCCCUACCGCCGGUUUGAACUUCAGUGACGGGUAUCAGGCAACUGCUGUCUGCAAGGCAUUAGUUGAUGGUGGCACGUUCUUAACAUAUGGGAAGAAGUUACCAAAGAAUGUUGUUUAUGAUGGGGCAGUGCGUAAACCGGUUGAAUGGAGUGCAUUCGUCAAGGAAAAGAAGCUGAAGGUAUUGAACCUCUGAGAAUAAACGUUCAAAGCUUUUGUGAUUCCUAAUGGAUAUGGUUGGCCUUCCAGGUUCCAGUCAAUUGUUAUAGGUGUCUAUCUCUAUUUCUUAAUGAAAAUUUGGAGGGAUCAAUUUUUUUAGUCA